AACAUUGUCCAUUCCGUAGUUCCCGCCAAGCUUCCAAAACUGGGGUACAGAAGCCUUGGACUAAAAUUAUGUUACCGUGAAGUAUUGCGAUCAGAAAACUUUUAUUCAUAAUCAAGAUACCGUAACAAACUUUUCAGCUUCCUGUAAACUUCAUGGAAAAUUCUUUGACUCUUCCGUUCCGUGAAUCAAAGCUCAAACUUGUGUGGAACUGAAAAUACUUUCAGCAUUCUUUUAUUCAGUAACUAGGCACAGAUGGCGGGAUGAAGUACUAUUUUAAAAGCUAAGCUAUUGUAAUGACCACUUACUAUGUCCAUGAGUUGUCCUAGCCUCUGUCCUGUCUGUGGUCUAUUUCUGGUGUUGCUGACGUUCCUUCUCCAGUUGGUGGCUCUCACAACAAAAUGGUGGGCUACAUUCUCUGCUCGAGUAGAUCUAGGAAAGCCCAAAGAAGAUGGACACUAUGGGUUAUGGACAAUAUGUUCAACAAAAGGUCCUCACUGGACCGAGGAUUGUGAUCCUUUGGACACUUUUUUUCAAGUUCCGUCCUAUAUGCAAGUUUCUGGGAUUCUGGGAAUUAUACAUCUUCUCAUGCUGCUUACUCUCCUGCCAUUAAUAUCACUCCGAGCCAUUCAGAUAGUUAGGAAUGAACCAAGUUUGGGCGUAAAGCCUAGAACAUUAUGUAUUGUCAAAGUAUCUAUAGCUUUUCUAUCAGUGAUUAUUGCCAUAUUAGUUGCUAUAUUUGCCACUGUAGGAGAAAAUCUUCAAUCUGAAUACUCUGUUACUAAAGGAUGGUCUUUCUGGAUACAGAUAUCAGUAAUUGGAGCCGAUAUACUCGUCACUAUGGUAUGUGUCAUUGAAAACUUCAGGUUUUGGCAGCAACAUAUUCAGCAGCACGUAGAUCCAGAAGGCAAGAGAGCUGAAACGUAUGGAAACCCAACUUUUGAUGCAGAUUCACCAGAACCUACAAGACGCAGACAUUCCAAUAACGGCGUUAUAUCUUAUACUGAAUCCAGUGGUUAUCCGUAUAACCCAAAUGUUGCAGUGAAUGAUUCGCCCAAUAAAAACCAUGGUUAUGCGAAGAAAAGUGGGAAUAAGGUAGAAAAAACCGCUUUUCACUCAAAGAACAAAGAAAAUAACGCUAGAACUCUAACUUAUGAGAAUGAAUCAUAUCAAGAACAUUCUCCAAGUGCCAGGAGAUAUCACAGAAAGUAUAACCAAUGAUUCAUUAUUGGAAGACAGUGAUUAUUCGUUUUGGAUCUCGGAACUUUAGAGAAAAUAGUGUUUUCUACUUAGAAUGUUUUUGGUGGAAAAAAUAUUAGAGUUUUAAUUUUCCUCUUUCUUCUGUAUGUGUUUAAAAGAAUAGAGCUUGCAGUUUUUCGGUGGCUUAUAUAAUAAGUUAUAGAUUUAAUUUUUUUGUUAUAAUUUUUAUUUUUUUUUUAUUUGUGGAGAUUUAUAUUCCGUCUCAUAUUAUCGUACUUUUUUUAGGAAAAAAAAAUACAUUUUAUCAUUUCGUUCUUAACAAUCUAUAAGCUUGGCACUGCCCCAAAGAAAAAAAAAUAACUAAGAUGUCAUUGUAGUUUUCUAAUUAAUAUUUAUCAUUACACAGAAAAGAGGUCUCGAUAUUGACCAUGAAAAAUUAUGUUAGUUUGGCUUUAGAAAAUGUUUAAAUUAUGCUUAUUCAUCUACUGGUAUAAGUGCUAGUCAUGAGGCGCUUAUUCAACAUUAACAGUUAUUUUCAUAUAACUUCAGAAUUAUCAAUGCGGGCUCAUAAAUUAUUGAUGUCACAACAUUUUGUUUGUUUCGUAUUGUUGCGGGCUGCCGGUUCGAUGAUAUCUCUCUGAAUGAUCACUUCGAAUAAAAGAAGAAAUUAACAGUUUAUUAUUAAAAUUAAUUAUAAACAACACAGUAAAUAACUUAAACAGCUUAAGCAGAUAUAAACAAUUCCUAGUUAAUGCACAAGAAAUAUCGGCAGUUGCCAAAAUUCCUUGCUGAGUAAACUCACAAUUCCGCUAAAUGUCGCAAUAGAAUAAUAGCCAAAACAACUGCAACACAUUACGUAAGCUUUACAUAAGCUAUUUUUACAUUCUGAACGUUGCCAUACUCAGAGGAACAAAAUCAACAAAUCCAUAUAAGAAACAGCACUUAUAAAAAUUAAAAAAAUAUAUGUAGCUACAAAUACAAUUACCGUACUUCCGAAAAUUCAUUGGCACAUACCACUAAGGCAACAUUUAUGAAAAUAGAUUGGUAAUGAGCUAUGACCUCUAAUACAGUGUAUUAGCUAAUCAGUUUAAGUACAUCUUUUGUUGCUGAUUUUGUGAAAGAACGGAUAGGCACGAUGACCUUGUAAUGUAUGGUCCUGUUCAUCUUGCCAUUUUGCCCUAAAGAAAUCUCGUUUGAGAUAAGGGUCUGGUGAGGGCAGAACAGGGAAUUCGCUUCGAUGUUGCGAGCUGCCUCUUUUGCCAGGUUCGUCGCUUUUCGGAUGGCACAAACUGUCCUUCACCAUCGAUAGAGAGACUUAUAUCAUCGAUAAGAAAGUGGGCGUUGUUUAUCGAUUAUGAAGUUUUUAAGUAAACAAAAUUCAAUUAUUUUCCCCCUCAUGUGCUCUACCAUCCUUAAUUAUUAUUUUAAAUCGUACAUAAACAGUCACUACAUUCUAAUAUCUAUUUUAUAUAACCAUGCAUUAUUUCUGCUUAGACAACAAUACAGACAUAUAUUAAUUUUCAUCACAUUUUAGACUCAUUACAUGCAUAAUUGCUGUUUUUCAUUAACAAGAGAACUAAACUAAGCAUAUCAAUACUUUUGAACAUUGCAUCAGGAAUAUGAGUCAAUUUAUGUUUAUUAAGAGUUUUAUAAAGGUCUCAUGAUGAAUUAAUUCGAAUAAUGGAAACGAUUAACUGUAUCAUAGAGAUUUAUUCGCAUUGCGUAGAGUCUCCUAUAUAACAAGAAAAAAAAUAAGGUAGGCCUUUUCCUUUCUGCAAGAUUUUCUACAUAGAGCCUUACCACAAUUCUGCAUAAAACGUAAACGAAGUAUCGAGACUUAGCAAUCGAUUAUAAAGAGCAAAUUUUAUCAGCUAUUCCCCAUCGAUGGUGAAAGGGUAAUUUGUACCAUCCGAAAAAGCGGCAACCUUUUGCCAGUGCUUGUGCUCGCUUAUUUCCGUAAUUUCCCAUAUGUGCUUUUAUCCAGUGGAGGUGGAAAUUAAGGCAUCUGAAGCGCCAUAGGUUACUUUGAAUAUUAUUGAUGAUAUGAGACCUUCGGUCGGGAUUUAGGACGACGCGUAGCGCUGGGAUACUGUUGCUGUAAAAACAGGCGUACUACUAUCUGUUGUUUACAGCAUGAGGUACUGCAGUAUUGCUAAUAAGUACCCUUUUGCUUGGAAGAUGAUAUUGUUGGGCGUAAGUUGUGCUUUCCAUGUCUAGAAUUCUUGUUUGUUUGGUGUACUGAACAAAGGCGCACCCAGUUUCAUUACUUCGGACUGAUCCAGUUGUAUAGUUAACAAACUUCGUCUUGGAUGUGGUAAACUGUUGUUACCGGUAUAUACUUCUAUUAUCCUCUGCUGACAGCUGGGUUAAUAUACAGCUGUUGCUCGAUGCUGCAUGUGCAUUAGGGUGGAACCAUGUAUUGUGGAACUGCGUUUGUUUCCAGACUGGAGUUUAUGGCAAUGAAAUCUGCAUAUCCAAAUUUCAUAUUCCUUCCCCAACCGCAGAAAUGCUCUCUUUCAUAUCAGUGGCAUUCGCUACUGCCUCUCAGCGGCAUUCGGUACGAUUGUGUCCACGGAACUUGGGACUUUCAUCUUUAUGAUGGCUUUUAAGUGAUCUUUACUCCUCUUAGUUAUAGACAUUCAUUCAUAAGAGAUCCCACUUCUGGCACCAAGUUUUACGGGUUACGGUUCAGUGAUAUCUCUGAUAUCUCUUAAUGAUUACUUCGAAUAACAGGAAGAAAUUAACAAUUUAUUCUAAAAAUUAAUUACAAACAGUACACUAAAUAACUUGAAACAGCUUAAGUAGAACACAGGUAUAAGCUAUUCCUUCUUAAUCUGCGGGAAAUGCCGGCAACUGCUAAAAUCACUUGCACAGUAAAUUCGCAGUUCAGUUAAAUUUCGCAACUGAAUAACAACCAAAACAGGAUCAACAAAAACCUGCUGGAGCUCACUUAGCUAUAUUUUUCUAAGAAACAAGCUUCCAGAAAAUUCAGAAAUGAUCUGUCCCCAAGGCUUGUGAUCUCGCGUUUUACUUGUGCUAAUUUUACAUUCUGAUCGUGUGCUAAUUUUACAUCCUGAUUGUUGCCCUUGUUAGAAAAACAAAAUCAACUAUUCCAUAUAAGGAACAACACGUAUAUGAAAAUAAAAAAUAUAUGUAGCCACAAAUUUGAAAAAAAAAAUGCAACAUUGCAGUAAAACGAAUUUAAAUAUUUACAGACAAAUACCUACAACAUACAGACAAAACAAUAUAUAUUUCAUUGAGACUUUAUACAAGAUGUAUCCUUUUUUAUUUUUUACCGUGUUUUUUUUUUUUUUUUGUAUACAGAUGUUUAUUUCUUAAAUCAUUUACUUUAAAGUUUAACAAAAGAGACUUAAUUACCUUAAAUAAUUAUCAGCUGAAUUUCAUUUUCUAAUUAGCUAUUUUAAAUUCUUUGGAUAAAGGUGCUUCAAGAUAUAACAUGAAUUUAAAUGAAUGGCAAGGAUAUUUGAAUUAUUUGAAUAUACAUGAACGUACUGCCUUAUUCUAAAUAUGAAUGAUAAUAAAUUACUUUUUCAUUGGUAAGAUAAAUUCAGGUACACUUUUACUUUUGAUAUGAAUUAAAACAACCAAAAUAACCUUAAAAUAUUAUACGUUUGUUAUCAAUUGCUCUCUUUCAAUUAUCUAAACACGUGUAUUUAUUCAUUUGAUAAAAAAGCCAUAGAGAUCAGGUAAAAUAGAAUCUCACUUUACUCGUAAACCUGUCUUAAAAAGGCUUAGUUUUAAUUACUCAAGAAAAACUGGUUUUAUUAUAGACAGUGACAUUACUAAUGCAACAAAGAACAAAAGCAUAGCUACACUAAUAUCAAGUGUCUGCAAAUAGCCUGACUUUGAUAGUCAACAAAAUGAGAGCCUGCAUUUACCUGAAAAUUGAGUAUAAGUUUAAAAUCACCAUGGAAUUUUUACUAUAAAAACGAGAAGGUGAAGGUGCUAACUUUUUUUUUAUAUAUUAUUCAAAAUUGUACUGAAAGUGAUGUAAAGAUGCCAACCAAAAUAUUUCAAUUAUAAAAUAUCGGUUUAAAGAAAAUUUUAAAAAUACCUCGCAUGAGAGUCUUGUUCAUUAUUUUAUGCAAUGCUUAAACAUGCAUAUAAAAUAAUUUUUAAGUUAUUAUUUUUGCUUGUAGCUAUAACUAGUCAUAAUCACCUUUAUAUAAUUUUUAAUUAUAUUAUUUAUAAUUAUAUACUAUAUGUUACUGUAUAUAGGUUAAAUAAUCGUAAAAAUCUUACAAUUCACAAUAAAAAUAAUUUUUCUGCUUCUUGAUAAACUGAAUUUUUUAAUAAAUUUCAGUAAAUUAAAAAUACUGAGCUUUUUACCUCUGAUUUUCAAAUUUAGUACUGGAUUUAUGUAAUAACUGUAAUUUAUUGUACACGCCCACACAUGUAUAUGAUAUUUUAUAGGUUCGCAGUCGUGAUACGUUGAUAGAAUUUAGCAGAGAGCUGACUAAAGAAGACAAAAACAAUUUACUUUUUAUUCAUGGCUGAUAAAACUGUUGCGUAGAUUUGACUAGAGUGAAAAAUCACAACUUGUUUGAUGUUUAAAACAUCAUUUUUAUUUUGAACAGGAACAAUUACUCUGAAUUACAUUUUAGCUGAAAUUGCUACCACACUAGGAAUUCUAAACGCGCCCCACAAUUUCUAUAUACGCAGUUUGAAUUUCAGAUAAUAGGAAAAAAAUAACUUUAGGAAAAACACAUGAAUUUUUCAGGCAGAGCAAGCAAGUAAAAGAGUUGAUGUGUAAUAACUGCAGUAGUAUUUAUAAGUUCGGAAAGUCCUUUGUUUUAAUCCUGAGCGGCGAUUGGCCAAUACUGUAUUGGCCAAUCACCGCUCAAGAGUAAAGGAUUCAGAAUAAGAUUGUAGUAUAAAUGUGUAAGUUAUGUUAAUAUCUCAACGACAACUAGGUUUAAAUUCAUUGCAUUAUUGUUUAAAUAAUGGUUUCAACCAUAUACCUUUGUUACUAAAUAUGUUGUUUGUUGUGAUAUUUGUUACUAAUCAUCUACCAGGAUUUAUACUGGAAAUGUGUGUAGUAUACAUUAUUAAUAAAAUAUUCUUUCAUAUGAA